GUGCGAAAAAAACAGUUUCAAUCAAUUUUUAUCGAAAUAAUUUAAUUGUAAAAUCAUUAAAUGAUGUUUAAAUAAUUAACUACAAUUGUAAAUAAUGGAUAUCGAAACGGAAAAAGUGAUUGAAUUAGUAUUUCCCGAAGGAAUACCAGAAUCUUGGAAGGAAAAUCCCGAUUUUUAUCAAUAUUUAUCAAAAUUGGGAGGUUUUGACAUCGAUCAAUUGAAUAAAGAACCCGAUCAUUUAAUUGAUGAAAAAAAUGCAGUUCUACAAAAUACCCAGGAUCUUGUUUUUGCAAAUUAUAAAACAUUUAUACAAACCGCUGAGAGUUCAAGGGAAAUUUUCAAACAAUUUAAUGAAACAGAAAAAAGAUUGGAGAAUUUAACAAAAGAUAUUCCACGUUUCAUUGAAAAAUGUCAAUUAUUUUGCGAUGCAUCAAAAGAUAUAAAUUCACAUCGACGUCUCAAUAGUUUGACAUUAAAUAGAAGUGGUGAACUUUUGGAAAUUCUUGAAAUGCCCCAACUUAUGGAAUCGUGUUUGCGUAGUAAUCAAUACAAUGAGGCAUUGGAAAUAUCGCAAUACGCACGACAAUUGGGCGCAAAACAUGGGGAUAUUCCUAUUAUUUCAUCAGUUGUGGCGGAAAUUGAAAAUAGUUGGUCAAGUAUGGUUGGUCAAGUUGUCGGUUCACUUCGUGGUGAUUUGCCAUUACCUCGAUGUCUUCAAUUAGUUGGUUUAUUGCGUUCGAUGGAUGCAUUCACGGAAUCAGAAUUGCGAAUUAAAUUUCUUCAAGCGCGAGACAGUUGGCUUCAAGGAUUACUUUCGGCGAUUCCAAAUGAGGAUCCAAAUUUUCAUCUGACAAAAACAAUCGAACUCUCGAGGAUUCAUUUAUUUAAUAUUAUCACUCAAUAUCGUGCGAUGUUCAGCGAUCAGGAUCACAUCACAUUGGGACGUGAUAUUUCAAUAAACGAGUCGGCGAUUUUUUAUCAUUGGCUCGAAGAGAAAAUUUCGCAAUUUCUCGGAACAUUGGAACAAGAUUUACCGGGUGUAAAUUCCUUGGAUUCAAUUCUCGGGCAGUGCACGUAUUUUGCACUUUCGUUUGGAAGAGUUGGCGCUGAUUUUACUGGGCGAAUGUCGGAUAUUUUUGUUAAAAUAAUUGGCGAUAAAGUCGAGGCAAAUAUUUGGAAAACAACGAGAAAAUUUGAGAAAGACAUGGAAACAUUUACGCUUAUUAAUAAAGUUCAACGUGCGGAUGUUAAAAUCGAAAAUGUCGCUCCAUCUGAAAAUCCUCCGGAACAAUUGAUGGAAUUUUAUCCGCUCGCUGAAUAUUGUAAUGGAUUAAUAGCAAUUUUCAAUGAUUUUCGACUUUGUUCGCCAGUUUCGCUUUCGCAAAAUUUCACAAAACUCAUGCAAGAAUCACUUUCUUGUGUUGCGAGGGCAAUGCUUAUUUUUUAUAAACAGGAACAACAGGCUUUCACCGUCAACGAAAGGGAAAAUAUGUUAAAAUUUGUCGAAUGUCUCAGCGAACAAUUAAUUCCCUAUGUUCAAUUUUGCAUUCACGCACUUUUUCCCUCUCAGCAAAUAUCGACACAUCUUGAAAUUUCUCCCGUCCAAUCGCAAAAAGAGAGCGUGACUUAUUUAAACGAAAAAUUAAUUCUCGAACCACUUGCAAGUUUACUUCCAAUUCGUGAUAUUCCAAAGGAUUCUUUCCUUCACGAAUUUCCCGUUGCCAUCGAAAAAUUCAAAUCAAAUGAGCCGGAAAAUUUAAUUCCAAAAAUUUCGAAUAUUGAAAAUGUCAAUGAUUUUAGUAGUGAGAAAAUAGGUGAAAUUCCCGAUGAAAGAAUUUCCAAUGUUGAUGUUUUAAAUUUGAAAACAAUUUCAAUGGAAAGAGAAAGAGAAAAAGAAGAAAUUUCAAUUCCCGUGAGUACAAUUAAUGAGUCAGUUUUAUUACAACCGAUAGAGGCGAAUGAGUCAAUUCUAAAAUUAGAUACAAUGCAAUUGACCGAAAAAGAGAAUGAAAUCUAAUUUUUAUUCUGUGAUUUUUCUCUAAUUUUGAGAUUUUGUAAAUAAAAAGAAUAAAAUUCCAAUUUUAUUUACUUUUUCUUUAAGGAAAUUUCAUUCGACGAUUUUGGAUUCUUUUUAAAUAUUUCCAAAACGAAAACUAUCAAUUUUUUUUUUUUAAAAAAAACUAUUUCAUUAGGAAAUAAUUUGAUAAAUUUGCAAAAAAAAGGACAAAACGUUUUUUUUUCUAGAUAUUUUGAGACUGUUUUUAUUUAUUGAGCUUGUGUGAAUAAAAAUGAAACUUCUACAAACUUUGACUGCAAACCUUAAUAACUAGUACAGUAAUUUGUAACUCUUUACAAAUCGUUAGAUAGACUAAAAAAAAAGCACAAAACUAUUCUUAAAUAUAAAUGAUGAAAUUAAAUUAGAAAAUUCUUUAAAUUGCAUUUUUAACAUUAUUUUUUCAAAUACGAAGAAAACAAAAGAAUAAUGAUUAUUUACAACCGUUUCAUUAUUUAAAAAAAAAAUAUGUUCCUUUUCAGUAACUUUUAAUAGGUUUCUUUUCUUUGCAAAAAAAACAAAACAAAAAAAUGUUCUUCCUUAUCGAAAAAAAUCAUUUUUAUAAAAAUUAUUUUUUUU